CCGAGAAGAGCGGCUGGAGAAGGCUGUGCGCUCCUCAUCGCCCGCCGAGGAUGCUGGAGGCGCACUCGGGCAGCCAGGGCUCCCGCGCACCUCCCUCUCCUCUGCACCCGCUGUCACGAUGCGCGCCCGCGAGGGAGCCUCGCCAACCUCCAGGUGAAUUGAAAGUCGUCUCCCCGGGAGGACGGAGAGGGUGCUGCAGUCCUGGCAUGCACUAAAACUGCGAGUCGGACAGAAACAGCCCAGCCAAGGAGUGGGGCACGCGGCGCCCAGCACAGCAUCUCCGGGCUGCUGAAGGUGGUUGAGGCUCAAGCUUGCAGCCAGAACUCUGCUCUGGACCCGGACUCUGGGCACGCUUGCCACCGAGAGACCAGUUUUCCCCUCUUGCGCAUUUCGCAGCCGCCGAUGGCGUGGGGAAUGCGAGCACGGUGGUGACUCCUGGUCUUCCAGAAACAGCUGCCGGUGGGAGAGUGAGCAGAGGCACGGGGGCGGUAGCCUCGGCCCGAAGAUUCCUCCCUUGGGCCCUGGGCUUAACAUCUUCCAUCCAUGAGCAAAACUCUUCCUACAGCAAGAGAUACUGACUAUGGGAUGGAAAUGUUGGGAUCCUAAGUUUGUAGCCGACUAUACUGUAUCCCAGAGACAAAGGUGGGACCACAGCCCAGAGCUCCUGAAAGUCGCCCUCAAAAGCAUUUCUGUCGACUCCUCCCCUUCCCUGUUUUCUCCUUAGACAAAAAGCCCCAAGCUAUCCCACAGUCCUCAACCUCCCAAUCUGGGGGAUCCGCUCGAGCAUUUGUCGGAGACAUCUGGUGACUCUUUGGAAGCCAUGUCCGAGGGGGAAGUACCAAGUCCUUUCGCUAGAGGAAGUCGGACUCGAGCGAGCCUUCCCGUGGUGAGGUCAACCAACCAAACGAAAGAAAGAUCCCUGGGUGUUCUCUACCUCCAGUACGGAGAUGAAACCAAACAGCUGCAGAUGCCGAAUGAAAUCACAAGUGCAGACACGAUCCGUGCUCUCUUUGUAAGUGCCUUUCCACAGCAGCUCACCAUGAAAAUGCUGGAGUCGCCUAGUGUUGCCAUCUACAUCAAAGACGAAAGCAGAAAUGUCUAUUAUGAGUUAAAUGAUGUGAGGAAUAUCCAAGACAGAUCCCUUCUCAAAGUAUACAACAAGGAUCCUUCACAUGCCUUUAACCACAUGGCCAAAGCUGUGAACGGAGACAUGAGGAUGCAGAGAGAAAUUAUUUAUGCAAGAGGAGAUGGCCUUGUAGCCCCCAGACCGGGAUCCACGGCUCACCCACCCCAUGCAAUUCCAAACUCGCCACCAUCCACUCCAGUGCCCCAUUCCUUGCCUCCCUCCCCAUCCAGAAUUCCUUACGGGGGCAGCCGACCCAUGGCUAUUCCUGGCAAUGCCACCAUCCCCAGGGACAGAUUGUCUAGCCUGCCAGUCUCCAGAUCCAUCUCCCCAAGCCCGAGCGCCAUUUUGGAAAGAAGAGAUGUCAAGCCUGACGAAGACAUGAGCAGCAAAAACCUAGUUAUGUUCAGAAAUGAGGGUUUCUAUGCCGACCCUUACCUCUAUCACGAGGGACGCAUGAGCAUAGCCUCGUCCCAUGGUGGCCACCCAUUGGAUGUCCCAGAUCAUGUCAUCGCGUAUCACCGCACUGCGAUCCGGUCAGCAAGUGCUUACUGUAACCCUUCCCUGCAAGCAGAAAUGCAUAUGGAGCAAUCGUUGUACAGACAGAAGCCAAGGAAAUACCCCGACAGCCAUUUGCCUACCUUGGGCUCCAAAACGCCCCCAGCCUCUCCGCACCGGGUGGGCGACCUGAGAAUGAUAGACAUGCACCCUCAUCUUAACGCACACGGGCCCCCUCACACCCUGCAGCCAGACCGGGCCUCACCCAGUCGCCAGUCCUUCAAAAAGGAGCCCGGCACCCUGGUGUACAUCGAAAAGCCACGGAACACUCCAGGAUUAUCCAGCCUGGUAGACCUGGGGCCUCCUCUAGUUGAGAAACAAGUUUUCGCUUACAGCACUGCUACGAUCCCCAAAGACAGAGAAACCAGAGAGAGGAUGCAAGCCAUGGAGAAGCAGAUUGCCAGUCUCACUGGCCUUGUUCAGUCUGCGCUUUUUAAAGGGCCCAUUACAAGUAGUAGCAAAGAGGCGUCUAGUGAGAAAAUGAUGAAAGCCACAGCCAACAGGAACCAAACAGAUGGUGCAGGAACGGUCCAUGUUUCUGCUGGGAAGAGUCUGGGCACUUUGGAAUCCCCACUGCCCCCCAGCCAACCCCUGCCUGCCGGCGCGACCUCAUCCAUCCACAUGAGCCUGCUUGACAUGAGGCGGAACGUGGCGGAACUCAGGCUCCAGCUCCAGCAAAUGAGGCAGCUCCAGCUGCAGAACCAGGAGAUUCUGAGGGCGAUGAUGAAGAAGGCUGAGCUGGAAAUCAGUAGCAAAGUCAAGGAGACAAUGAAGAGACUGGAGGAUCCGGUACAGCGGCAGCGCACCCUGGUGGAGCAAGAGAGGCAGAAGUACCUUCAUGAAGAGGAGAGGAUUGGCAAGAAGUUACGUGAGCUGGAGGACUUUGUUGAGGACUUGAAGAAGGACUCUUCAUCCGCUGGCCGAGUGGUGACUCUGAAAGACGUGGAGGAUGGAGCGUUCCUCCUGCGACAAGUGGGAGAAGCUGUGGCCACUCUCAAAGGAGAGUUUCCAACCUUGCAAAAUAAGAUGCGUGCUGUCCUGCGCAUAGAAGUCAAGGCAGUAAGGUUCCUGAAGGAAGAACCACACAAGCUGGACAGCCUCCUGAAGCGAGUGAGGAGCAUGACGGAUGUCCUGACGAUGUUGCGGAGGCAUGUCACUGAUGGGUUCCUGAAAGGCACAGAUGCAGCCCAAGCUGCCCAGUAUGUCGCCAUGGAGAAAGCCACAGCUGCAGAAGUCCUGAAGCAUCAGGAGGAGACAGUCCAUGUGCCUGGGCAGCCCCUCCACAGCAGCCCGGGAGGUCCUGGUGAUGUGAAGUCAGAAGUGGUACCGCUGUCCACCAUGACGGUUCACCAUGUACAGAGCUCCCCUGUGGUCAUGCAGCCCUCUCAACACUCCUCAGCCUUGCUGAACCCAGCCCAGAACUUGCCCGGAGGGACUGGUUCCCAUGCAGCCAGCCCCACAGCAGCCACACAGGAAAUAACCUCUGCACCGCAGUCGGCUCCAGCCCCCCAGUCCCCUCAAACCCCGAUGAACGGUUCCUCCAUGCAGAGUUUGUUCAUUGAGGAAAUCCACAGUGUGAGUGCCAAGAACAGGGCAGUGUCCAUUGAGAAAGCAGAAAGGAAAUGGGAAGAAAAAAGGCAAAAUCUGGAACACUAUAACGGGAAAGAGUUUGAGAAGCUGCUGGAAGAAGCUCAGGCCAACAUCAUGAAGUCAAUCCCAAACCUGGAGAUGCCGCCAGCUUCCGGCCCGGUGCCGAAAGCCGAAGUCUCGGUGGAUAAGCUGGAGCUGUCAGAAGAUUCUCCAAAUUCAGAGCAGGAGUUGGACAAGCUAGGGGGAAAGUCACCCCCUCCUCCACCCCCACCCCCUCGGAGAAGCUACCUUCCUGGGUCAGGACUCACCACCACAAGGUCUGGCGAUGUGGUCUACACCGGCAGAAAGGAGAGCAUGUCUAAGGUGAGCAGUGAAGACCCUGGGCCAACCCCACAGGCUAGAGCCACAAAAUGUCCCACAGAGGAGCCAGCCUCAGCCUGGGCCCCAUCCCCACCACCAGUCCCUCCCUCUUCCUCCAAGGAUGAGGAGGAAGAAGAAGAAGGAGACAAAAUCAUGGCAGAACUCCAGGCAUUCCAGAAGUGUUCCUUUAUGGAUGUAAAUCCAAACAGUCAUGCUGAGCAGUCCCGAGCUGACAGCCACCUUAAAGACACUAGGCCAGGCGCCACAGUCCCACCCAAGGAGAAGAAGGGCAGUUUUGGAGGUUGGAGGACAAAACAGUCCCAGAAUUUGGAAUUUUUCCAUGAAGAUGUACGAAAAUCUGGUGUUGAAUGUGAAAAUGGCCCCCAAGUGGAAUCUCAAAAGGUUACUGCAGGGGCUCUGAGACCUAGUGGCCCUCCCAAGUGGGAAAGAACAGUGGUGACUAGUGUUCCUGACACAUCACGAACACCUGAAUGUAGAGGUGACACCUUCAUUGAGGACACUUCCACACCCAAUAAGAAUCUAUUCAGAGAUAGUAGAAAUUAUUCCCAGAAAAAUGUGCCUAAGGUCAAUUUUCAUUCUACUGGCAUGAAUUCAUUGGAAGGUGAACUCAACCAAGGACCUAAGGUCUCAGGACUACAGUGUGUUAUUCCUGACACCGACAAUCAGAAGUUGAAUCAUGGAAAGACAAGAGAGGCAGGCCGACAAGGACAGGAAAAUACAGAUAAGAGUCACAUUCCUCUCCCAUCUAGAUCAGCAGAAUUAAGUAUUCAUGAGACCAAAACACAAGAUCACGAUGUUCUCGUGACAGACCUUGGCCAAGUUGUCCUAAGAUCCAAGGUGGGUAGGCAUGCUAACAUGAACACUAUCGAGGAUGGGGAGUCAACUCCAAGUUCUCCCAGUGAGGAGCACACAGCCACUGAUAACAUCGCCUUCAUGAUCACCAAAAACGCUGUGCAGGUUCUGUCCAGUGGGGAGGUCCAUGACAUUGUGAGCCAAAAGGGACAAGAUGUACAGACAGUCAAUAUUGAUGCGAGGAAAGAGACAACCUCUCAGCAAGAAGGGACUGAAGCUGAAGAACCAGUCGUGUGUCUAGACAAGAAGCCAGUUAUCAUCAUUUUUGAUGAACCCAUGGACAUCCGAUCUGCGUAUAAGAGACUUUCAACCAUCUUUGAGGAAUGUGAUGAGGAACUGGAGAGGAUGAUGACAGAGGAAAAGAUCGAGGAGGAGGAAGAGGAGGAAGAUGGAGACGCUGGAGUCCAGCCUUCUUCCCAAACGCAGGUUGACUCGGGAAGUGGUGGGCGGGGACAAACGGCAGAGACACAAUCACGACCCCGCUCCCUUACAGCAGAGAGUCAAACCCCAGGAGAGCAGGAAGUUCAUAAAGCCGAGCAGAGAAAGUUUAGCUCCGAAGAUUCUCCAGACUCGGGAAAUAAGUGUGACGUGGCCGAUGACCAGUUUGAAAGCCCCAAGAAAAAGUUCAAGUUCAAAUUCCCUAAAAAGCAGCUUGCUGCUCUUACUCAGGCAAUCCUCACAGGCACAAAAACGGGAAAGAAAACCCUUCAGGUGGUGGUCUACGAGGAAGAGGAAGAGGAUGGUACUUUGAAACAGCACAAAGAGGCCAAGCGGUUUGAAAUCACCAGGUCACAGCCUGAAGAUGCCCUGAAAACCAUGGCUAGGAGACAAGAACAGCCUAGUCUCGAAGGCACAUCUCCGACUUCAAGGACGGAUGAAAUUAGGAAAAAUACUUACAAAACGCUGGACAGCCUGGAGCAGACCAUAAGGCAACUUGAAAAUACAAUCAGUGAAAUGAGCCCCAGGGCCCUAGUUGAUACCCCGUGUUCUUCCAACAGAGAUUGUGGUGCAGGCUCGCCCCACAUGUCCCAAGAGGUCUCUCCCCGGUCCUUGCUAGUUCUGGAUGAAGUGCCCCCUGCCCCAGAGCCCCCCACGUCCAUAUCUUCAGCUUCACGUAAGGGCUCCAGCACCACCCCACAGACAAGUCGGAUGCCAGUCCCCAUGAGUUCUAAGAACAGACCUGGAAGCCUGGAUAAGCCCAGCAAACAAUCCAAACUGCAGGACCCCCGCCAAUACCGUCAGGCUAAUGGAAGUGCUAAGAAAGCUGGUGGGGAUUGUAAGCCUCCUUCCCCCUCCUUACCUGCUUCUAAGAUUCCAGCCCUUUCUCCCAGCUCGGGGAAAAGCACUUCUCUGCCCUCUGCUAGUGGUGACAUCGCUAACCUCCCCAGUGCACCUGCUACUAAACCAUCGAUUGCUUCUACCCCUCUCAGCCCCCAAGCAGGACGGUCCACUCACUCCGCCUCCCUCAUCCCUUCUGUCUCUAAUGGCUCCUUAAAGUUUCAGAGCCCGCCUCAUGCAGGUAAAGGCCAUCACCUUUCAUUUGCACUGCAGACUCAAAAUGGCCGAGCUGCCCCUACUUCCUCCUCCUCCUCCUCCCCUCCCUCCCCUGCCUCCCCCACCUCCCUGAAUCAAGGUGCCAGGGGCGUCAGGACCAUCCACACUCCUAGCCUCACCAGCUACAAAGCACAGAACGGAGGUUCAAGCAAAGCCACCCCAUCCACAGCAAAGGAAACUUCUUAAAGGCCAGAUCCUAUUAGGCACAAGAUGGAAUUGCAUUCUUGUUUUUAAUUUUUAGCAGUCUGGAACAACUGUUUUCACAAGAGAAUGUACCGUAUUGUUGUGCUGUUCAAGGCUUCAUGCAAAGUAUGUGCUAAAUACUGAGUUCAUAGAUUGCAGUAAAGCUUGUUUUUUCUACUCUGUCGCUAUUGUACUUACAUAGUGUUUACUGUCUAGACUCAAUACCUAUUAAAUGAAGAAAGCAUGUGCUAUUAAAAAGAGAGAGAGAGUGAAGAGAUGUGUGAGACAAGCUGUACUACGCAUGUAAAACAUGUAUGAUUCCAGAAUUUUAGUAUGUUUUGUAUAAAAAUAUUUUUCAUUAUGGAGACUAGAGGUGAACAGAGAGAUACACAAGUGUGACUAUAUAAAUUGUAAAGCAUAUAUUAUGAUAUUUUCUUUUAUUUUAGUGUUAUUUAGCUUUAUUACAGAUUUCUAUUUUUGUCGAAACUUCAUGGUUCCUUUCAAGAUCUUUUUUGCCAAAACAUUUUUGAUACUACAGCAUUGUACAUUUGAAAGUAGCAUGCCAGACCCUAAGCCAGUGAGCUCCCACACAGCCCGUAGGAAGAAAGUCAGCAAACUCUUGCACUGCUCCAAAGUAUGUAUGAUAAUUUGCUAGCUCAAGCAAGUCUGUUUUCUUUUUCUUUGCUUUCUUUUUAUUUUCUUCUUCCUUUUUUCUUAAAAAAAAGAAAGAAAGAAAGAAAGAAAGAAAGAAAGAAAGAAAGAAAGAAAGAAAGAAAGAAAGAAAGAAUGAAUGAAUUAAUGUUCUGUAGCAAUUUUUGUUGCGGUGUCUAACCCCUUUUUACGUUUUCCUAGACCUGGUAACACACACACUGUUGCAUUGUGGAUUUUAAAACAUACACUUCUGUACGGUUCUGUACACUGAGGAACUUUUGUAAAUAUAUAAAUAUAAAUAGACAUCAAAAUACAAUGUGUGAUAGCACAUAGAGUAGUUUCCCCACACCAAAGUUCAUUUUUAUGCAUGCUUUAAGAGUCUCUCUGUCAGGAUGGGCAGAAAUGGGACCACCCAGGCCUUUUUAAAAAGCUCCACGUGUGCACAGCUCGAGUGGUUUUGUAAAUAACUGUAUUUGUAUAACACAGCCAUGUAACAUACAGAACUGUAAGCAGAGACCUUGCAAACUAAAUAAAGGGCUGCAUGCUUAUUAUUUUUUGUACCUUGUCAUUGUAACCAACUGCUUCCUAGUCACAGAGCAUGUAAGUAUCUCCACAGGGUCUCGGCUUUGAGGGCGUUCUGAGUAACAUGUAGCCUCACCCACUUACACGGUGCUGCUCUCUGAAGGCUCGGGGUAGCUAAGGAUGAGUUCCUAAUAAACUAAUUGACAGUGUGGUCGUCUGAACUUAA